UAAAACAAACAAACGUGUCAUAUACGCUCUCUCUUCUCGAGGAAUCAAAAUAUGGAACAGAGCAUAAACCCUUAAGUGUAGAGAGAGAGAGAGAGAGAGAGAGAGAGAGAUGGCGAGAGGAAAACAAGAUCAUCAAAACAAGGCUGGGGCAUUCUUCAUGGCCACACUGGUCAUGUGGUCCGUCUCUGUAUUCUUCGAAAUACUUUUCAAUAGGCGAACAGAGCUCGUCACAGUCCUUGCUGGUUUUUGCUUCUUCCAAUCGGCCAACUGGGUCAUCCGUAAUUGGAUCUCGCGUGACCCCCUCUUCGUCAAUACUUGUGUCUCUCUCCUCCAUUCCUCCGUUACCUCUGCUUCAGUGGUUUUCAUUCUGGCCAAUCAGUGGAUGAGAAAUGGUUUGUAUCCGAUGUUUGAGCACUCGCAGUUGGUUGGGGAUACUUGGCCGUUGGCAUAUCAAGCUUUGUGCUUUUCAUGUGGAUACUUUGCAUAUGAUCAGUUGGAUAUGUUGCAUUAUGGAUUAUACCAUGGUUGGAUUCCUUCAAUCCUAGUGCAUCAUCUAAUACUCCUUGUUUGCUUUACUCUUGCGUUAUUUCGAAAUUUCACAAUCAACUACCUUAUUCUCACUCUCAUUUGUGAGGUGCAUUCUAUCUUUCUGCACGCGAGGAAAGUGAGACGGAUGGCUGGUGUACGUGAUGCCAAGAGCAAAAUCGUGGAGGCAGAAUGGGUUCUUAACUGGGCCGCCUUUAUUUUCGCAAGGUUGAUAUCUCAUGUUCUUAUCACUGCCAAGUUGAUCAAAGAUGCUCACAAGUUUGAAAGGGGUGUGGCGCUCCCACUCGCUCUGUUUGGGAUGGCUGGAAUGAAUUUGCUUAAUAUUUAUCUUGGCAUUGAUCUAUUCAAUGCAUACAGGAAAGAGAAAAAUCCCCAGCAGAGUAAUGGUAAUCAUCAUGGUGACUGAUUAAGCGCUGAAGUAAAUCUCAUCCAUUCUAAAAUUUCAUCCCUUUUAUCAUUAUUUUGUUCUUACAGGGACUUGGGAAAGCAUAUAUAUCUUCUACAAAAGGAAUUGAAUAUGUAAAUUGUGUUUGUUGUAAAUCAAAAAAUUAUUUACCACAUUUCAGAGAACUUAAACAUAGAUGGCUAGAAUGAAUUUGCUUAAUAUUUUUCUUAGCAUUGACCUUUUCAAUGGUUACAGGAGUACCGUGAUAAUUAUCAUGACCGA